GCAAGGAACUCGUAGCUGAGAGGACUAUCGUGAGUCGACGAGAAGGAAUUUCAAGUUGAUAGGGAGUUUUCUUCACUGGUUCAAGGUUGAGAAUUACAAGUUGCAACCGCGAGUGGAGCGCAGUAAUAGUAGUAGUAUAAUUUUGCUGUUUUCUGAGAGGCAGUCAAUAAUUGAACUAAUAAGCUUUGAUUAAAUAUAUACAUACAUAUAUAUAUAUAUAUAUAUAUAUAUAUAUAUAUUUGUUUGAUAAAAUGCUGUCUUUAGACUUUCUCGACGAUGUUCGGCGAAUGAAUAAGCGCCAGCUGUACUACCAGGUGCUGAAUUUUGGCAUGAUCGUGUCUUCGGCCUUAAUGAUUUGGAAAGGCCUGAUGGUUGUGACUGGAAGCGAAAGCCCAAUUGUUGUUGUUCUCAGUGGCAGUAUGGAGCCUGCAUUUUACAGAGGAGACCUCCUAUUCCUCACAAAUCGAGUUGAAGAUCCAAUCAGAGUGGGAGAAAUUGUGGUGUUCAGAAUCGAAGGCAGAGAGAUCCCCAUUGUGCACAGAGUGCUCAAAAUUCAUGAGAAGGAAAAUGGGGACAUCAAGUUCCUGACAAAAGGUGAUAAUAACUCUGUGGAUGACAGAGGUCUAUACAAGAGGGGACAGCAUUGGUUGGAGAAGAAGGAUGUGGUUGGCAGAGCAAGAGGGUUUGUGCCUUACAUAGGAAUUGUUACAAUUUUGAUGAAUGACUACCCUAAGUUUAAGUAUGCUGUUCUGUGCAUGCUGGGACUCUUUGUUUUGGUACACAGGGAGUAAUCCCCCUCCACCAAGGACGACGUGAUAAAGCAAGGCAGUUCCAACCUCCCCAAGCCAGUGUUUGCUAGUGUGUUAAAUCUGCUUAUGCAAAAAAAAAAAAAAAAUUAAAAAAAAGUUACAGUCGAUAAUUGCUGUUAAAGCUUACAAUAACAACACUGGUAAUAUUUGUUUUUGUUCGUCUUGCUAUAGCCUUCCAAAAAUCUUUUUUUUAGGUUUUCUUUGUUCUUUCUGAUGUGCUUUCAUCAUAUGCUCCAGUCUCACACCUGUUUCUACAGCUCAGACUUUUCUAUUGAAUUAAAAUAAAUAAAUAAAAACAACUUCUCUUA